GUUCGUGUGCUGUGGUGAGCUGGCGAAAGCUUUUGUUCCGUCAUUCCGUGCGUGCCAGCCAGAGCCAACAAAAGAAAACGACGACUAAACCGUUGUAGUGUACGGUAACUUAACUACUAACUUUAGCGGUAGUGUUUGAUUGUUUCGUUCGACUGUUCGCGAGUCGAGCAACAUAUUUUUCGUCGCGGCCACUCAUACACCAUCACCAUCGAGUAUAGGCAAGCCAGACAGUUGUGUUUUUCGUCGAACCGCAAAUCGCUUCCAUCCACCAUCUUACCUAGGUAUAGGAGACUAAUCACAGCAGCUUUGCGGUAGGUGUUUGUAUAGAACCGAGCACCAGCGAUGGAUGAAACGAACAGAAAUAGUACGAAGCUAGAUAUCGAAGCAGCCAGACUUCAGUCUGCUGCUGCCGAGAAAGACAAGAAACAGGAACAGCACCAAGGCGGCGGCGAGCCCAUCAGGGAAAGUUACAAGAAACUAUCCGACGCGGAACUUGACCAAGAGGAGGCAAACGGUGCCACGAUGGUGCGCGAAAACGGCAACUUCAGGGACGGCGAAGACGAGCGAAUGCUCAACGGAAACGGUGCCGGCGGAGAUCCGGCGGUAGGCGCCCUCGAUAAAGACAAACUGGCCCAGAAGGAGGUUGAGGUGAAAUUCAUCUCCGAGCAGAAUGGCGACGCCCGGAUCGAUCUGGAAGUGGAACAGCCGCAAACGUUCUCCGGCAUGAGCAAGGAAGAGCUGAUGAAGUUCGCCAACGAUCCGUUCUGGAUCCGGCUGCGUUGGUUCCUGUUCAUCCUGUUCUGGGGCCUUUGGGUGGCGAUGCUGGUCGGUGCGAUCUACAUCAUUAUGGAUGCACCGAAAUGUGCCGCUCCGGUUCCGCUGAGCUGGUGGCAAGAAGGACCGCUGGUGAAGGUCGAUUCGAAUGAUUACCGCAAUCAGGUGGACGCCGCAGACCGGUUCGGAGCGAAGGGUGUCAUCUACGAGCUGCCGGCCGAUGAGACCUAUCUGGUGAAUACGGCUUCGGUUGAGAAAAAAAUUCGGGAACUUGUUGAGGCGUUCAAUGCCAAGGACAUUAAGGUCGUUUUGGACCUAACACCCAAUUACGUAACAAAGGAUGACCAACUGUUCAAGGACGCGCUGGCCAGCGCGGACUCACCGGCUCGUUCGGCUUUCAUUUGGAAAGAGUCCGGUUCGGUUCCCACCAACUGGCUUGCCGUAAACGGGGCGGGUUCCGCUUGGAACGAGGUAACACCUCGUCAAUUUGUGCUGGCUCAAUUCGGAGCCGAUCGGUUGGACCUGCAGCUGAACGAACCGCUUGCCAAGGAGAAACUAAAGGCUGUGCUGCAACAGUUGGCCGGACUGGGGGUGCGUGGUUUCCGGUUGGCCAAUGCAAAACACUUCAUCGUUGACCGCGACGGUAAGAAUGACGUUAACGCCGAAGUCGAAGAUAAGACGCUAUCGCACACGGACUACGGCUUCUGGACGCAUGCCCACACGACCUACCAGGACGGACUGGGUGCCCUGCUGUACGAGCUGCACGCCGAAGUCAAGAAUGCUACGAACGGGGAAGGUUUUCUGUCCGUAAGCGAGGACAUAACGCGACCGGAAGUGUUUGCCACCAGUGGCAAACUCGGUCUCGACAUUCCCGAGUUUGGUAAUCUCGAAAGCGUCCUUCGGCAGCCGUUGGGAGCCGAAUCGGCUCGAGUCAUCCGUGAUGACAUUCAGAAGACUUACGUGGAAAUUCAAAAAUAUAAUGCCGCCGAAGGCGGCAAACCUUGGGUGCAGUGGCCGUAUGACAAGAACUCCCUGCAGCAGGUGGCUGCCUCGGAGUACAACGUUUUCAUGUUCCUCCUGCCAGGCGUUCCGGUUGUUCCGCUGGACGUCCUGAACUAUGGCAACGUCAGUCAAACGCUGAUCGGAAGCUUGGAGAAAUAUCGUGCUUCUCCAUCGUACCAGCAUGGAACGUUCGCCAUCUACACCGAUACCAACGGAACUUCCGUUGGAUACACUCGGCAAAAAUCCGGUAAUCCGGGUUACUUCGUCGCGCUGAACCUUGCCGAACAGCAAAUCGAAGCCGAUUUCAGCCAAGUUGUCGGCAUUGCCGACGAACUGACGGUCGUCCUCACAAGCGAGAACUAUCGCGUUCCGGACAUUGCUGUCAAGAGCAAGAUUCUAUCGAAUGCCGUACCGCUUUCCGGUCUAUCGGCUCUGAUUGCCACCUAUGUGCCGAAGCAGGGCUAAGACGCACACAAUAUAAAACAUAACGUAAACUUAUUAUAGUUGUGUCCCCACCACACUCUCGAAGAAAGGUGGUUUUACUCGUAUCUAAUUGAAAUGUUUUGUCGUGAAUGGACAAUAAGCUAAUCUAUACCUACAAAUGCGCAAGUUAAAAAUGUUCGUUGCUUUAAAAAGAAACCUCAAGAGUAGAGUUGAAUGUCGAAUUCAAUGAAAUAAAUGUUGAAUCCAGCUAGA